AUGUCGAAGCUUAGCCCGGAACUCAAGGCGCUGAUAGCCGACCCGGCCGCAAAGGGUGGCGACGUCCCCGCGCCGUCGCCCGAGGUCACGCAGGCUCUGUUUGGAAGGCUGAGCUCGAACCCGCACAUUGGCAGGGAGACUUGGCUCUGCCUCGCGGCUGCUGUGCUGCUCACGAUCAACUCGAGCGAGACGCUGUGCCUCCUGUACGACUUUGCGAAGGGAGAAACAGUGAAGGACCAGGUGUAUGUUGCUUCCUCUAUCAACAACCUCGGCGCUCUGUAUAGCCAUCUCUCGUACGCUGUCCGGGACGGCCUCGAGUCCGAUGCAGCGCGCACCGGGCUGUCAAAGGCGGAAGGUCUGGAACUGUGGAAGGACAUCUACGGCGUGCACGCCGACACGCUGAUCGAGAAGCUGUCUGCCUUCCACCCCGACCUUGCCGAGUACAUCCUCGCGUCGCACUAUGGCCCGCUGCUCACCGACCCGCCAGCAGAGCCGGGACAGUUCCGUCUCGGGCGCGUUCUGACCAGCGUCAUUGCCAUCGCGGCGCUGAGAGCUGUUACGGGUGUCGGACUUCAGGUCACGAGCCAUGUGUACGGGCUCAAAGCGGCGAAGGACGACGGGACGGUGAAGGGCUGCAAGUGGCUUCAGAGCGAUGAGGGGUGCAUGUGGAUUCUCAGGACGACCGACGACAUUGUGAACACAGUCCUGAGGAGCUAA